AUGCCCUCGACACCAGCAAAUAAGCGCGUCAGAGGUGUCUCAGUAUUCCGCCCAUUCAUUUUUGGCAGUGAAGCGCAACCAUUUGACCCCGAGAAGAGACCUGCCAAUGCACCCACAGACCACACACAUCAAUGGCGCAUCUUUGUAAAGGGCAUCAACGACGAAGACAUCUCCUACUGGAUUAAGAAAGUCCAAUUCAAACUCCACGAGACCUACGCACAAAACGUCCGCACCGUCGAAGCGCCACCGUUCGAAGUCGUCGAAACAGGAUGGGGUGAAUUCGAGAUCCAAAUCAAAAUCUAUUUUGUUCCCGAGUCGAAUGAGAAGCCACAAACCCUCUGGCACAGCCUGAAACUCCAUCCCUAUGGCCCCGAUGCGGAAGGAAUAAAGGAGCGUCGCGAAGUGGUCACCAGUCAAAAUUAUGAGGAGGUGAUCUUUAAUGAGCCCGUUGAGCCCUUUUACGAAAUUCUUACCGGGGGUCCUACAGCUGGUGCUGCACCUAGGGCUAAGGGCAAGAAUUCAAAACAGGCAGCCAUCAGAACAGCAGAGUUGCCGAAUUCUGAUUCGCCGAAGAACCCGUACAGUCGAGCUACGGAAAAUAAAGAGCUUGAUCGUAUGUCAGAGGCUAUGAAAACAGUCGAGGGAAUGAUUAAAGAGGAGAAGGAUCGAUUGACUGAACGAGAGAAGACCCUAGCGGAGCUGCGGGAAAGUGAAGGGGUUCCCGCCGCCACCAAAAAGAGAUGA